AUGAAUUGCCCACCAAACAUUUCGAAGAUUAUCAGCCCAGCUACUUCGGGGAUUGUCGAUUUACGACAGGUUCGUGAUUCGCCUUCUGCCUUCCUGAGAGCACAAAUAGAAGACCUAGCAAAGAACCCAGAAAGCCUACGUAAUCUACCUCACUCAACGACUAUUUAUCAUGAGCUGCUUCGACCCGAAGCGUACCGCAGUGGCACUGUUUCCAGUGGAGGGAGUCUGUAUUAUGAGGCACAGGCUCUUCUUUUUGAAGGCGCAGACACAACGGGAUUAUGCACGGCACUUUCACAUAUUGACCUCGCCAACAGUGUAUCGCAGGAUGAUGCACCUGGUCUCUAUGAGGUACAAAAGCUUCCAUAUUUGACUGCAGUUUUGAGGAAAUCGCCUCGAAUGAGCCCCGAUGUGGCAUAUCCGCUCCCACGCGUUGUACCGUCUGGUGGUGCAACUAUAGACAAGGUCUUAUACCUGACGGAGUAA